CGCCUGGUUGUUUUACUGAACGUUGAUAUCGAUUACCAUGUUCUCGUGAAUAAUCAUGUAAGUUUCCUCGAAGCUGGAGGUUUCGCUCAAGAUGGGGGAAAUGGUCUGUGGAUAUCAUAAAUAGAUGGAUCGUCCGAUUUUCAAGUUAAGCUAUCGGCUUGUUUUUCUUGUCACAUUCUUAAUCACAUUCGGUAGCUGUUUGGAUUCAAAUUCACCUACCCCCUCAUGUCUUAGUAUGUCAGAACGAUCGAAAUGGAAUAGAUCUUUUCACUUUAACAACCAGGAGCUCCGUCUAAAGUUGGAAGUCACAAACCGGUCGUCGCAUUGGAUUGUCAACUACAUAUUUGAGAUAUUGGCACGUGAAAGACUUGGCUAUCAGUUUAUAGAAUUUGUCAAACAGGAUAUGGAUCAUCCUAGACUAGCAAUUAGUAGAUUAGAUUGCAAAGAUUCUAACUGUUACAAACUACCAGAUGUUCACAUAAAUCUUGAAUUAUGGCUAUCUUUGGGAACGACAACAAGUUCUUGGGUCCCAAAUAAUAGAGUGAUCGAUAAUGGACCAUUAGGUCCAAUUAACCGAUGGGCUAUUUCUUCAAGGGAAGAGUUUAUGUCACAGGUCUCGGCAUUGACAGAGACACAGUCUGAUUGUCGUGAUAAACAUGGACCAACUAAUUCUCAAAUUCCAUUAUCACAAACUCUAGUUCAAUCAAAAUGUGAUCUGGAUAUGUGCUAUGCUUCCAAAUUCCGCAAUGAGUUCAUCCGUUAUUUCACUGGAUCAGAAAUUCCAUCUAAAGAGUUUGCACACUUUCCAAACUUACACUCUUCAUCUUCUGUCAUGUCAAUUAUUAAUUGGUAUCCACAUGAACUUGGCUCUCCUCCUUUGCCUUCGGGAUUACACUUUUUGGGGAAGAAUAGCAUUUUAAACUCAACAGUACUAAAAACUGCGCUUGAUAAGAUUUAUCACUGUAGUCGGCAAUAUUCAGGCACCUUAUCCUACCUUCAAAAUUCAAAGAAGUCAUCUUUUUGCCAGUUUGAGUCACAGCAAGCUACAAAAUUAUCAUGGGCCAAGCUAAAGAGCACUGUGCCUCUCAUUUAUCAAUUAGUUGACCGGAUGCAUUUUUCUCAAUCGGAGUAUGAAGAUCUACUGAAAUUAGCUAACAACUUAGAUCCAAACUCUGGCCAGGAUCUACAGUCUCAGUAUAGAAAUAUUGCUUGCAAAUGGCUUCGUUUAUCUCCGACUCGUUGGGUUUCGUGGACAAAAGGUUGGAAUAAAAAGCUUAAUCUUACGGUUGCUGGACUUUUCGCUUUCUAUGGGAAAUGGGUAGUUUCGAAUUUAGACCAUGUUGCUGAACAAGCUAUUAAUUUUGUCAAUCAUAACCCUGAUUACUUUAGCAAUACUGAAUAUGCAUUGACGCUAGACGUUCGUAAUCUUACCUGUUCUCAGGACGUUGUACUAAAUGAUUACUUUGAUUUACUGACAGCUUCAAAAAAUAGGAAGAUUAUUGGAGUGAUCGCUGCUCUGUGUUCGGAUUCAAUAGAACCAGUUGUUGAGGUAGCUAACAUGCGUCGCCAGAUUGUUGUUAGUCCAACCGUUGAAUCAGUCCGUUUUGCAAAACGUCAUCAGUAUCCGUACUUUUUUCGUACUGUUCCAUCAAUGACACAUGUGAGCUUAAUCUUGAUCAGAUUAUUCAGUAGUUGGGGUUGGCGUCGUGUUGCUGUGUUUCGUGAAGAUGAUCAUUUCUUUGAUCCUUUGAUUUUUCAGUCGAAUGGUAUAGAUCUUAUUGCUGACUUUGUAAUGAAGGAAAAUCAACUCACAUACGUUACUGUACAUCAAGCUUUGAAACUUAUGAACGAUCGUACUAGUCGUAUCUUCAUGGUUGAAUAUUUUGCUAAAGGUACAGCCAUCAUAUUAUGUGCUGCAUAUCACUUAGGAAUGCAUUUUGAUGCAGGUUAUGUCUGGUUUCUUAAUCCUUGGUUAUCAAGCAAUUGGUGGCAGGCACCUGAUGUGCAUCCCAGAGAAUGUACUCAUGAAGAAAUGCAUAACAUAACUUCGUGGACUUUUACGGUUGGACAUCAAUUGAUCAUGGAACCAUUGGCUCACAAAUUUAUGCCUCCUUCAUUUAACGAUGUGAAUUUAUUUGCUUUUGACUCAUCGUCUCAUAAGCAACAGGGCACUGGUCGACGAUUCCGUCGGUAUUCAACUCAGUAUGCACAAGAUUUGCGGAUUCGUAAAUUCAAGCAUCCAUUAUUUAAUGGUCAUUUUACAAAUAACUAUGACGAUUCACCUUCAGAUUCCGAGUUACAACGUUCAGUUUUUAAUACGAAGAGUGAAGACGUUGAGUACGUUCAUUCUUCUCAUGAUUACGCAAUACAUACAUAUGAAUCUGUUAUUGUUCUAGCUGCAGCACUUAUUCACUUAUUACAUCAGAAUCCAAGUGCUAUUUCCGUUUUUGAAUCAAUGUCGGUUGCGGAGGCAUAUCGAGAGUUAGUUUUUGAAACAGACUUUAGAUAUACUAUUUCGUCAAGAUUCAUUAUGGAUGAUUCUUUUACAAAUCCAGUUAUUUCAUUGGACACAGGUUUCCACUAUGUAUACCGCAAAGAUGAAAUUAAAUCAGCUUCUCAAUUACGUUUUAAUAAUUUAAAUGAGCGUGUUGCUGAUUUUUGGCUUCUUAAACAACAUCAAAUCAAUAUCACUGUUCCCAUUGUAUUAUGGAGUUUAGACCAAGAGUUUGUAAGCGACGAUAAUUCUAUGCCUUUGAGUUCUUUAGUGGAUGCAGCUGAUCUGACUAACCUAGCGGCUUCUGAGCGUUUUGCUCAACUAAUGGGGGAACGCUGGAUUAACGAUGUGAAUUGGGGUAAUAACGAUGGACCACCAGAUGAUGGAUCAGAACAUGACGAUGACUGUGUGUUUGGAUUCGUAAGCAGAAUUUUCGGUGUGAAUUGUACUGGUUCUACCGUGAUCGCUACUAUUUCGAUUGUACUCUCUGUAACAGUAUUAUGUUUAGUCCUGUUUAUUGUUUACUACCGACGCAAACUAAAGAAAACACAACUAAGAAUUCGUCAACCAUAUGAAAACCUUUGUAAUGAACUAAAAGAUAUUGAUAUUCCACCUGCCGACAUAGUUUUGAAUCGUCGUGUUGGUCAAGGAGCAUUCGGUAUGGUGUAUGGCGGUGAAGCGAAACGCAAUGGGCGUUGGGAAGCAGUAGCUGUUAAAGUGAUUGGUAACAAAGCUACAUACGAAGGGAAAACAGAUUUCCUUUCGGAAGCAAAACUAAUGAGAAGUCUAGACCAUCGAAAUGUUGUACGUUUAGUUGGUAUCUGUUUGUAUCCGAAAGAAAAUCAUCUUUAUUUAAUUAUGGAAUUUAUGCUAAAUGGUGAUCUGAAGACCUAUCUUCUAUCUCGGCGUGUUUUAGCUCAACAAGUGCCUGAUCAUGACGGUGUUUGUCCAGCUACACUGACUGGUAUGGCGAUCGAUAUUGCUGAAGGUUUGGCUUACUUACACAGGAAAAAUUUGAUCCAUCGUGACAUUGCCUGUCGUAACUGUCUUGUUGGUUCUGAUGGGGUUGUAAAAAUUGGAGAUUUUGGUCUUACUCGUGAAAUGAAUAGUAGUGAGAACGAAGGUUAUUAUCGUUUUACUCGUAACUGUGAACUCCCUAUCCGUUGGAUGUCUCCUGAAGCCGUCCAGUUUGGUGUAUUUAGUGUUCACUCCGAUAUUUGGUCAUAUGGAAUUGUUUUAUAUGAAAUUAUAACUUUUGGAGUGUUUCCGUAUGAUGGUUUAGGUGAUGUUGAAGUUGUGGAGCGUGUAAAACGUAAAGAUUUUAGCAUAAUCGAAUUUUUGCCUUUAGCAGCAAGAAACACUACUAUCUCUCGAUUAAUAUAUCAAUGUUGUCAACACCAAUGGCAACAUCGUCCGGCUUCACUUGAUCAUAUUAUAGCUAUUUUGCGAAAAAAUCCCGAUUGUGUCCGCCCGUUUCUUACAAAUGAACCACCGAAACCAAAUAGUACUAUUGACGCCCUUCGUUUUCAACCUGGUGCUGGUGCAUGUAUCAUGUCGAAAAAUACUCUUGCUUCUGGUGAUCCAUCUCCAAGCAACCCAGUUACUUGUAAUACUACCUCUGAUGGCAUUCAUGGUUAUCCAAUAAGUUCUAGUAUCCGAGGUGUUCUCAGUGCGACAGGUAGCUUGGGUGGUUCCGGAAAGUCUCCAUUAGGUCAUUAUUCAGCGGAUUCGUUUUCAGAGAAUCUUAGUACAUCUGCAUUUCUAUCAUUUUUAUCAGAAGCUCCUUUGCAAAACUUAGGUCGACGUCGUCAUAAGACUGCUGAGGGUUCGACGACGGCCUGUCGUUACCAUGGUAUUCGCCGAGGUACUAGUUCUUCUUCAUGCGGUCAUACGUUUCGUAGUUCAGAACACAGUUCUGGCGAUCGUUCCACCACUGAAGAUCAACCACAUCUUACCAGUGAAGUUCUGAGAUUCCCUAAUUGGCAGAAGUUUGAUUCUUUUACUCCUAAAUCAACUAUCUCAUUUGAGGAAAGGAGGUUAAAAAAUUACUCUAAAACAAGACAUGCUAAACCAAGUCCAAUCAGAAAAAUAUUUAGCAAACAAACUAGUGUAGGGGACGAGCACAUGGAAUUAGUUUUGUCAAAAAAUCCAACCGAUUAUCGUCAUGUUCAAGAUUCGCUAAAUCAAUCUUUCGUUACACCUAUUAGCUAUCCCCAGGAUGAAUCAAAAACUAGAACUUCCCAAGGAGAAAUCGUGUAUGAAUGUGAGGAUUUUCAAAAUGUUCAACAAGAUAACAAUUUAGCUUUUCUAUCUUGGUAAGUAUAUUUGUUUAAUUAUUCUGCAUGCAAUACUUUUUGGUUACUGUUCUAUCAUAUUAUUUACCCACCACUUUUUAUUCAGAAUUUGGGAUUCAUAGAAGUAUUGAAGGUAGUAGAAAUCAAUAUGUUCUGAUCUAAUCCUGUAGUCAUUUUACAUUUUCAACUGUUUUAGUGUCUGCACAUUUAUUGUUGAAAAUCAUGAAAAACUUCACGAGACAGUACUUUUGGAUUGUCAUUUAUAAAUAAUUAUUGCGUUGAAAAACGUGCUGCGCUUUAGAUAGUGGGAUGUAUAUAAUAUAAAAUAUGAUAAAUGGUGUAUUGAUUAAAUGAAUGAAGUUCCUCAAAUGCCCUAGUACAUCCUAGGGUGGGGAGAGUCCGCUCUCCCCCGGGAAAUGCUGUCACAUGGCCACACGUGUGCAACCACUGCCAAGGAUGUCGUACUCACUUCCUUCUCGCUGCAGGGGUGUUGUUUACGAAAUUGAGAUGACGAGAAGCGAAUGUCCGGCACUUUAACCGGGUUGGUGGACAUGGAGGUUCUACCUAGGGGAGUUGGGAAACCGUGCUUUCAAACCAAAGGUGGACGUGGGUUCCAGGAUUCUGAGGGAACAAAUGGUGUGUGAACUGAUUAUUGGUCACCGGCUACCAUGGUACUGCCUCUACUGAUGUUGUUCCACUGCCUUGUGAAUGAGACCCUUAGCUCGAAGGUUCGGGAUGUGGCAUCCUAAGAAAACCACCUACCUCGAUCUGGGCGCCCGGGCAGUAUCACAGCCCAUAUACAAAUCAAAUGACUUGUGUGGCGCAUAUGUAUUCGGUCCCUCUUUUGUACCAAUAUUUAUGUGUUUAAAUAAAAAAAUAACACGAAAACUCACAAAAUGUCGUACGUGACCGACCUCAAGAAGUUGUCCCUUGGACCCCAAUGUCACCCUCUCAAGUCCCUAAGACCACCUCUAUCCUAGUUUCCUAUUCAGGUACCUCUACAAAAACCCAUCCACGGUGUGGGCAACCGCGGAGUGAUAACCGUCUUCAUACCUCUAACAGCAUCCAAGUUCACUGUAUUCGUAGUCAGUCUUCCUCUUUCAUUUCCAUUAUCCCUCCUAACAUGGUACUCUCCUGGACAGUAUCACAACCAAUGUGGGUCAUUUGACUUAUGUAUUCCGUCUUUCUUGUACUAAUUUUUAUGUUCAACUAGAUAAAUAAACCGAAUGAAGAUAUUAGUGAUAGAAAAUAAAGGAAACCUUUAGCUUCUCUUCACAUUUUUUUAAUAUCUGUGCCACAGUUCAUUGCAAAAACUUUCAUAUUCAUUCAAUAAUUUUGAUUUAAAUUCAGUUCCUGAAGGAAAUUAGGUUGUUGAAUCUUUCGGUUUUUUGUAAUUUUUCUGACCUUAUCGUUAACAAAAAUAUUAUAUAUAUAUCACUAACUGCUCACCUGUGCGUAUUCCAUUCUGCUUUACCACUAGUGAAUAAUCUUUCAAGAACUCGUCAUUUCAAAUUACUGUUUGAAUAUAUCCUGUUAGAUAAAUUUGAGGUUACUUACAAAUCUCCACAGGCAAUAAUAAAAUUGGUAUUGUGUUUUCAUUGAGUAUAAUAUGGUUUCCAUGGGUACCCUUGAUGUAAAAACCAAAGUAAAAGUAACUAUUAUCCGG